ACGUUUUUGUAUUUACAGUAUAAAUGAAAUUUAAUCUUAAUCUCUCUGCAAGAGUAUGCCUCUCUGUAACCCUUUUAUAUUCCAUCUCUCCCAAGAACAAUCUCCCUAGGGUUUGCGCAAUUCACCGAUAGAUACAUCUAUCUGUAUCUAUAUCUUGAUCAAGAUGCUUAUAAUUGUGCAGAAUUGCGUUUGAUUAGUCUUUACGUAUUGCCGUCCUGGAGCAACAGGUAUGAAGCGCGAGUUAGCAUUUGCAAUGGAGGCUCAGUUGCAGGUGACUGAGUCACUCGGUCGAACUCGCUCUUCGAAACCUGGCGAUCUCCCCCAAAAUGUUUCUGCGGUGAAUGGAUCUAUCGAUCAGUCUCCGAAGGCUAUGGCUUCGAUUACGAAGUGCAGAGAAAUUAAUGUGUAUCGGAGAAAUAAGCGGCUUAAAAUAUCGUCUGAGGAUCGUAAUUCUGUAGAUAUGGAUGAAUCGAAGGUUAAUUCUGUAAUUAUCGAAGCGAAAGUUGAUUCUGUUAUGGUGGAGGCGCCACCGAAGGUUGAUUCUGUAAUCGUGGAGGCACCUAAAAUUGAUUCUGGAAUGGCGGAGGCUCUGGAAAAUGAUUCUGUAGUUGUGGAGGCACCGAAGGAUGAUUAUGUAGUUGUGGAGGCACCGAAGGAUGAUUAUGUAGUGGUGGAGGCACCGGAGGAUGAUUCUGUAUUUGUGGAGGCACCGAAGGUUGAUUCUGUAAUUGCGGAGGAACUGAAUGUUGAUUCUGAAAUGAAGGUGGAGGUGCAGGAAGCUUUGGUCACGCCAGUAGUGAAGAGGCGAAAGAAGAAGAAGAAGAUGCAUUCGAUUGGAGGUUCAAGGCGGUUCACGCGAUCAGCAUUGAAUAUGCAGCCGGUUGAGACCGUGGAACUAAAAUAUGUAAAGGAAGAUGAAGUAGCGGCCGUAGCAGAGGGAAAUCUAACUGAAGUGUUGGUUGAAGCUCUUGGAAAUGUAAAUGAAUCGGAGUUGGAAAAUGUGAAGAAAAUUGAGUUGAGUAAGAAGCCUCAAACUGUGAAGGAACUUUUCGAGACUGGUAUGUUGGAAAAUUAUCCGGUUUUCUAUAAUGGAACGGGAAAAAAGGAGUCUGCACUCCGAGGGAUAAUUAAAGGGACUGGGAUCUUGUGCUUUUGUAGUUUGUGCAAGGGAUCCAGGGUUGUUCCUCCUAGUGCAUUUGAGGUUCAUGCUUGCAAAGUGUACAAACGUGCAUCACAGUAUAUUUGCUUUGAGAAUGGUAAAAGCCUCCUAGAGGUGGUAAAAUCAUGCAAUAAGUAUAGUUUGAAGACGCUACCAACAGAUAUUAAGAGUAUUGUUGGUCCACUGAUCAGAAAAGAAAUUAUCAUUUGUCAUAGCUGCAAGGGAUCGUUUCUUUUAAAUCGUGCUGGAAAUGAGGAACACAUUUGUGAGCCAUGCAUGGAUUUGGAAAAAUUACAGAAUAAUUCAACACAAACAACUGAAGUGGAAGCCCGGAACUGUGAACAAGAUUUGAGUCUUCUGUCCCCAAGAAGAGCUUCACUACGUGACGAUAAGCGAGGGAGUCGUCAAUAUUCAAAACCGAAAAGAAAAUCAUCAAGAGCAGUCUCGGUUCCAGUUUCACCUGUUGGUGCCUCGUCAAACAAAACGUCACAAAUCAAGAGUAAACGGAAGCCUUUAAAGAUGGUGUCUGUCAAAAAGACUCCUAGACUAAACAAGAGCAGAGAAAAGCUUCUAGGAAAGACAUCAUCAACUCCAAAGUCUCGUAAAAGUACUCCAAGUCGUGUCUUGUCAGUGAGUAAGAGUCAGAAAAAGAUUUCAAAAAAAGUACCAAAAUCUGUUCCAUGUCAAAGUACCAUCAAAACUGCCUCCAGUAGCCGGUGGAAGAUAACAAAAAAAGAUCAAAAGAUGCAUAGAUUGGUUUAUGAGAAGGAUGGAUUGCCCAAUGGUUCUGAAGUAGCAUAUUUUUCCAAAGGAAAGAAAUUGCUGGAGGGUUACAAAACAGAAACUGGAAUAUAUUGCCGCUGUUGCAGUAGUGAUGUUAGUCCAUCUCAGUUCGAAGCGCAUGCCGGCUGGGCAUCUCGGCGGAAGCCAUAUAAUUACAUAUACACAUCGAAUGGAGUGUCUCUCCAUGAAUAUGCAGUGUCUCUUUUGUUGAAACGCACGAAGAAUUCUCUUCGGGAUAAUGAUGACCUCUGCAUCAUCUGUGCGGAUGGUGGCGAUCUUUUGCUUUGUGAUGGAUGCCCUAGGUCUUUUCACCGAGAAUGUGCAUCCUUACAGACAGUUCCCCGUGGUAAAUGGUACUGUAAGUUCUGUCAUAAUAUGUUCCAGAGGGAAAGAUUUGUCGCGCACAAUGCCAAUGCUCUUGCAGCUGGCCGAGUUUCAGGAGUAGAUGUUAUAGGACAGAUAACUGAACGUUGCAUUCGCAUUGUGAAAAACCCAGAAGAUUCUGAAGUUUUCGCAUGUGUCCUUUGCAGAGGUUACGAUUUUAGCCGAACUGGUUUUGGGCCACGAACAGUUAUUCUCUGUGAUCAGUGCGAGAGGGAAUACCAUGUUGGUUGCUUGAAGAAAAACAAAAUGGCUGAUCUAAAGGAACUGCCAAGUGGCGAGUGGUUUUGCUGUUCAGACUGCAACAGAAUUCAUUCUGCUUUGCAGAAUCUCUUGGUUUCUGGAGCAGAGAAGCUUACGGACUCUCUUUUGGAUGUCACUCGGAAGCAGCACAUUGAUAAGGGUCUGGAAUGUGUCACCAAUUUUGACGUGAAGUGGAGGCUUCUUAGUGCCAAAAUAUCAUCUCGUGAAAACAAAUUGUUGCUUUCAGAGGCUUGUGCUAUCUUCCAUGAGAAUUUCGAUCCUAUAGUUGAUGUACUGUCAGGACGUGAUUAUAUCCCAUCCAUGGUUUAUGGAAGGAAUAUAAGAGGCCAAGACUUAAGUGGAAUGUACUGUGCAAUCUUAACAGUCAACUCAACUGUGGUGUCUGCUGGACUUCUACGAAUCUUUGGACGAGACUUAGCAGAACUCCCGUUGGUUGCAACUACCAAGGAAAACCAGGGCAAGGGAUAUUUUCAAUUGUUAUUCUCUUGUAUCGAGAAACUGUUGGCCUUUUUGAGUGUCCAGAGUCUUGUUCUACCAGCUGCUGAAGAAGCUGAAACUAUAUGGACACAAAAGUUUGGUUUUGUGAAGAUACCACAGGAACAGCUUAACAAUUACAGGAAGAAGUGUUGGCAAAUGCUUACUUUUGAGGGAACAACUAUGCUAGAAAAAUAUGUUCCCCAAUGCCGAAUUGCCAGCCAAGAAUCAGCUGUUAGUGAUGUUUCUGACCAAGAUAUGGCUGUUACUGAGGUUCGUGAUAAAGAUAUCUUGGCUGUUACUGAAGGUUAUAACCAGAAUAUGGCUGCCACUGAGGUUUCGGGCGAAGAUAUGGUUGUUACAAAGGUAUGUGACCAAGAUAUGGCUGUAAUAAAGGUUUCUGUUGAGGAGCAAGAUACAUCUACCGCCGCUGACAAGGAGCAAUCUGCCGAGGUCCUGGAAGACGUUGAUGACUCGAAGGUCAAUGUGCCAUUAUAGGUGGGGUAUCUGCUGAAGACCAAGAUGUCAAGGACCAUGCAACUGAUAUCUUGCAGUAGUUGUAUCAUUUUAUACACAGUAGAUUGAUCAUCGAUCCAUCAUGUUGAUAAUUUUCCUUUGCAUAUUAUCCAAUGAUAUAGCACAUACUUGUGACUGUAGAGCAUGGCUGUUUGAUGCAGUCUGCAAGACUUCUAGGUAGCUUUAAGUAGUAAGUUAUGCUAUUUCUGGAUUUUGGACUUGCUAGUGUAUGAAAAAGCUGCUGCAAUUGUUGAUAUUUGGUUAUGUACAAAACUUUUUUUAGGAAA